AUGGGUUGUCAGUUGGGUAAGCUGGCAGCGUCGGAAAGGAGGGGUGGUAACGACGUUUUGGCUGACGGGCCACCGCCCAAAACGGAUCCCAGGCUACCCUUGACAGCUAAGCAGAAGUACUCCAUGGUAGCGUCCUGGAAGGGAAUUUCCAGGGCCAUGGAGAAAACUGGGAUUUGCAUGUUUAUUAAACUCUUCGAAGAGAACCAGGACCUCUUGAAUAUGUUCGAGAAAUUUCGACAGUGCAGAACAAAAGAGGAACAAAUAAACUCCAUGGAGUUAGCGGAACACGCCAAUAACGUUAUGAAUACCCUGGACGAGGGGAUAAAGGGGCUGGACGAUUUGGACAAUUUCUUUGAGUAUAUACACCAAGUUGGAGCCAGUCAUAGGCGGAUACCUGGAUUUAAAGUAGAAUAUUUUUGGAAAAUCGAGGCACCAUUCCUAGCCGCUGUAGAGGCGACCUUAGGUGAUCGCUAUACGCCCAACGUUGAGAACAUCUAUAAAAUAACGAUAAAGUUCAUACUACAGACUCUAGUUGAUGGCUACGAGAAAGCAAAGCCUUCGACGUGA